UACUUGUGGUGGUCAAGCAAAAAGAUGCCCAGAGAAAUCAUCACAAUCCAAGCCGGCCAGUGCGGCAACAAUGUUGGCUCACAAUUCUGGCAACAGCUUUGCCUCGAACACGGAAUAAGUCAAGAUGGCAACUUAGAAGAUUUCGCAACCGAGGGCGGAGACCGCAAGGAUGUCUUCUUCUACCAGAGCGAUGAUACUCGAUACAUCCCUCGAGCGAUUCUUCUGGAUUUGGAGCCCCGAGUCCUCAACGCGAUACAAGCCGGUCCAUACCGAAACAUCUACAACCCCGAGAACUUCUUCAUUGGACAACAGGGCAUUGGCGCUGGAAACAACUGGGGAGCUGGCUAUUCCGCGGGUGAAGUUGUCCAGGAGGAGAUUUUCGACAUGAUUGAUCGAGAAGCAGAUGGAAGCGAUUCCUUAGAGGGCUUCAUGUUCCUGCAUUCCAUCGCAGGAGGAACGGGCUCCGGUCUGGGCAGUUUUAUCCUUGAACGAAUGAACGACCGAUAUCCCAAGAAAUUGGUGCAGACCUACUCCGUCUUCCCCGAUACUCACUCCGUGGACGUGGUCGUCAAUCCAUAUAACAGUCUUCUUACGAUGCGACGGCUGACACAGAAUGCUGACUCCGUGGUCGUUUUGGACAAUGGUGCCCUUUCGCGAAUCGUUGCAGACAGACUCCAUGUGCAGGAACCGUCAUUCCAACAAACGAACCAGCUUGUGUCUACUGUAAUGUCCGCCUCCACCACCACCCUUCGCUACCCUGGCUAUAUGCACAAUGAUCUGGUUGGAAUCAUUGCUUCCCUGAUUCCUACCCCUCGCAGCCACUUCCUGAUCACCUCCUAUACUCCGUUCACGGGCGACAACGUCGAGCAGGCCAAGACCAUUCGGAAGACUACCGUCCUGGAUGUGAUGCGGCGCCUCCUGCAACCCAAGAACCGCAUGGUGUCGAUCAACCCCAGCAAAUCCAGCUGUUACAUUAGCAUCCUCAACAUCAUCCAGGGCGAGGCAGACCCGACCGACGUGCACAAGUCGUUACUCCGCAUCCGCGAGCGGCGACUGGCGUCGUUCAUUCCGUGGGGCCCGGCCAGCAUCCAGGUGGCUCUGACGAAGAAAUCGCCGUACAUGCAGAAUACGCACCGGGUCAGCGGUCUGAUGCUGGCGAACCACACCUCGGUCGCCACCUUGUUCAAGCGUAUCGUCAGUCAAUACGAUCGCCUGCGGAAGCGGAACGCCUUCUUGGAGCAAUACAAGAAGGAAAGCCCCUUCUCGGACGGCUUGGGAGAGUUUGACGAGGCCCGUACUGUGGUAAUGGACCUCGUUGACGAGUAUGAGGCGGCCGAGAAGGAGAAUUACCUGGAUCCCGAUGCCGGGAAGGAUAAAGAGCUCGGAAUCUGAUGGACGAACGCCGUUUUCUAAUCUUCUCCAUUCGCGUUCUUGCUUUUCUUUCUGUUUGCGUUGCACUACUCCUACUGAUUGUGGUUGCUUUUUCUUUUAUGACUACCAAGGGCUGACCGGUGUAUUUCAAGCGGCGGAGGCGUUUCUCAAAUUGAAUUCUUGUUUACCAUGAAAAAUAAGAGGUUCCAUUGUGUGCUGGUUACAUGGGGUGGAGGGGGGUGUAUCACUUUGAUUUAAUUGGGGCGAUUGGCACCAGUGAAUGUGGUCAUGGUAAGGAGCAAGGCAGCCAGUUGUCGGACGUCGAUGAUAGUUACACAGCGGGAUACCGGGGGGUAAAAACAGCCCACACAAGAAGCAACGAGCAGCUGACGCCAGCAAGGUGUCAUGCUAUCAUAGAGGUAGAUAGAGGCCCUGUACGCUUUUAGGCGCUUC